UCUCACCGGUAGAACGCCCGCCAGUGCGAAUUCAGCUUUCGUCAAGCGAACGUCGUUUGAAACCACUCUCAAGUUAAUCUUCACCACUAGAAAUGGGAAAAGUUCAACUCUACACGGCCAAGCUGAGCCCUCCGGGACGGGCAGUUGAGCUGACGGCCAAGGCUAUUGGUUUGGACCUGGAUGUUCACCCGAUCAAUCUGAUCGCGGGUGAUCAUCUGAAGCCAGAGUUUGUCAAGAUGAAUCCCCAACAUACGAUUCCGUUGAUCGUCGACGAGGAUGGGACGAUCGUUUACGAUAGCCACGCCAUCAUCAUCUAUCUGGUGAGCAAGUACGCUAAGGACGAUUCGCUGUAUCCGAAGGACAUUGCAACACGUGCCAAGAUCAACGCUGCCCUACAUUUCGAUUCAGGAGUGCUUUUCGCCCGUUUGCGGUUCUACCUGGAACCCAUCUUGUACUACGGAAGCCCGGACACCCCGCAGGACAAGAUUGACUACGCGUGCAAGGCGUACCAGCUGUUGAACGAUACGCUCGUGGAUGAGUACAUCGUUGGCAACCGGAUGACCCUGGCGGACCUUAGCUGUAUUGCUAGCAUUGCAUCGUAUCAUGCCAUUUUCCCGAUCGAUGCGGCCAAGUAUCCCAAACUGGCCGCAUGGGUUCAACGCCUAGAGAAGCUACCCUAUUACAAGGGAACCAACCAGGAGGGCGCCGAAGAACUGGCCGCAGUCUAUCGCGAUCGGCUCGCCCAGAAUCGGGCCGGGAAGAAGUAAUUGCAUUGUUCGCGACUCGCGGGCCGACAAUAAUAAUGUAUACCUGUUGUAUAAUUAAAACUGAUUGGUUGUUGUGUUUGCCUUUGAAAGCUAUCUGUCCCCUGCUCGGUGAAUGCCUGCUAAAGAAUCGUGACAUCAAACAAAACGGAUUGAUAGCGUGAUUAUGCAAACAGAUAGGUGACGGCAAGCCGGCAUCUCUAGCAGGUGUAUUGGUACUACACAAAUAUAAUUCCUCUUCAACUUCUAAGUGUUGAGUUUGUGGUUAACUGGUGUAGUAGUGCCGUGGACAUCAGCAUCCAAUACUUAGCAAAAUUAUAUCUUAUGGAAUGAACGUUAUGCGAUGGGCGAGGCGUCGUGUUGAUCUACGACAGCGCUUAGUGCUGUGAAACUGUUUUCGUUAGUUUGAAUACGGAUGGAAACAAAAAUUAAUCUGUAUUCACAUGUAGGGUAGAUGCUUAAAUUU